UGGCGGUGCUCUCCAGUUCGCCGUGGCACUGAGCGGAUUGCUCCCAUCGCGGAGCGCCCACACCGCCGCUUCGUGCCUGCCGGUGCAUGGUGGUGGGCGUUUGGUUUAAUUGGGACGGGGCUUCGGCGCACGGCGGUGUGUGCGUGCGCGCGCGCCAGCCAUCGGCGCGUCUCGUUAGAGGCUCCGUUUGUUCGGUUCCAUCAACUCGGAGCUCAAUUUAUAGCCGCCGUUUUUUUUUUAAAUCCCGGUGGGUGUUCCAUUGGCCAUCGUGCCCUUAACUUGUAAAGCGACCUGCUAAAAUUGGACUGGCAGAUUGACGUGCGGGGACCAUGGCGGUCGGGACUGAGCAGUCGCUAAAGUCUGGGCACAUGGACGAGGAUGAGGAGGAGCUGUCCAGCAAUGAGAGCAACAAUCGCAAUUGGAAGGGCAUGGCCAUUGCCCUGCUGGUCAUCGUCUUCGUCUGCUCACUUAUCGUUGCCUCCAUCGUCCUGCUCACUCCUGCUGAAAAUGCCAGCCUCAACCAGGCUAAAAUCAGCCUGGAGGACCUUUUCAGUGACGACUUCCAGCUUCAGGAGCCAGAUGUCAAGUGGAUAAGUGCCAGCGAAGUAAUUUACCGCACGAUGGAAGGUCACUUGGUUAAAAUGGAUGUGAAGGAAAAUGAAAGCGUGACACUUUUGGAGAACAAUUUCCUUAAGAUGAACCUGCUGAACUCAAAGUUCGCAAUGUCUCCAGACCGCAGCUUCAUUCUUCUUGCUUAUGACAUCCGUCAGGUUUACCGAUUCUCCUACACAGCGCUGUUCACCGUCUACAGCCUGCAGACAAGGGAGUUCCACGACGUGCUUCCUGCUGGGGAGGAGAGAGAACGGCUGCAGUUGGCUGGCUGGUGCAGUCAUGCUCACCAAAUGGUAUACGUCUAUAACAACGACCUUUAUUUAAAACCGGACUUGCAGUCAGCACCCAUCCAGAUCACCUCCACUGGGAAGGUGGGCUCGGUCUACAAUGGGAUUUCCGACUGGCUGUAUGAAGAGGAAGUGCUACACUCGUCCGUGGCUCACUGGUGCUCUCCGGAUGGAAGCCGUCUUGCCUUCGCUUCUAUAAACGACUCAAAUGUCCCGCUCGCUGAAAUCCCACAAUACACCGGGGCUGUUUACCCCACCAGCAGGAAAUACCCUUACCCCAAGGCAGGGCAGAACAACCCAAGAGUGAGACUAUUUUUGGCCGAUCUGAACUCACCCAGCCCUGCCACAACAGAGCUCUUUCCUCCUGAGACGCUCAAACAAAGGGAAUUUUACAUCCCCAUGGUGGCCUGGGUAAUGAACAGCAUGCUGGCCGUUAAUUGGCUCAGCCGGGCUCAGAACUUCUCCAUCCUCACCUUCUGCAAUGCCUCGUCUGGAGUGUGCUCAGAGCGACACAAAGAGAGUUCUGAAGCCUGGCUUUCUGGACAGACUGAGGCACCGCUUUUCUCUCCGGAUGGAAAGAGAUUCUUCCUGCCAUUAGCAGCGAAGCAGGGCGGCCGUGGGUCUUUCCACCACUUGGGAAUGUUCAGCUUGCAGGAAAGGAGAGGUCAUGACGUGCGAUUUAUCACGUCCGGUGACUGGGAGGUGACAGCCUUGCUGGCUCACCACCCGACCCAGCGCAAGCUGUACUAUUUGAGCACUGAGGAUGGCCCAACAAAUCGGCAUCUGUACAGUGUGGAGACGGGCGGCUCAUUUGAGCGGCAGUGCCUCAGUUGUGGAGUCAUCCCGAACUGCUCCUUUCACCACGUGUCCUUCAGCCCAAGCACCAGAUACUUCCUGCUCUUCUGUGAUGGCCCUACUGUCCCAAUGGUGACAGUGCACAGCACAGACAACCCGGGCAGCUUUCACAUCUUGGAAAACAACACUGAGCUGAGAGGCAUGCUGGCUCAGAGGCAGACACCCACCACUAUCUAUCGUAAUGUCACCAUCGAAGAUUACGUGGUGCCUCUACAGCUGAUGCUUCCUGCAGGUUUUACUGAAGAAUUCCUCUAUCCUCUACUGCUUAUCAUUGAUGGUGUGCCCGGGCACCAGAGCGUGUCCGAGGUGUUCGGCUUGUCAUGGGAAGCUGCGCUGGCGAGUGGGCAUGCAACGAUUGUUGCCCGGUUUGACGGGCGCGGCGCGGGUUUCCACGGCAGCCGCUACCUGCACGAGGUGCAUCGCAAGCUGGGCACAGUGGAGGACCACGAUUAUGUCACUGCGUUACGGUCACUGCUAGAACUGCCGUACAUCGACAAGAAUAGGAUUGGGGUGUAUGGCAAGGGCUAUGGGGGUUACCUGGCAACCCUGGUGCUGGGGAUGGGAGAGGCACAAGCACGCUGUGGUGUGGCCGAGUCGCCCAUCUUCGACCCCAUGCUUUAUGCCUCUGCAUUUUCUGAGCGCUAUCUGGGCUUGCCAGCCCGUGAGGAGAAUGCGUAUGAGGCUGCCAAAGUGAGCAGUCGGCUCAGCUACCUCAAGGCCGAAAGAUUCUUAAUCAUCCAUGGCACAGCUAAUGAGAUGGUCCACUUCCAGCACACCGCAGAACUGAUUAAACAUCUUAUCAGCAUUGAUGCAAACUACACACUCCAGAUCUAUCCGGACGAGGGAAACUCUGUGCGCGAGCUGAAGUGGAGGCGGCACCUCUACAAGACUUUGACAGACUUCUUCGUCGACUGCUUCAGCCAGCUGGCACCACGUGUGCGAGACGAACGCGAGGACGACGAUGAUGAGGACGAGUGAACUACGCUUGUAAUUACUGUCAUGUCUAAAGGUGGAGACAGCAGAGGGCGGCACAAUAGGGUGCAUCACUUCUCAUGGGGUUUCCCCUGCUAUUUGAUGGCCAUACGAGUGAACAACAUUGGAGCAGCCACCAGAAUUUCUAGCUUAUGUACUAGUUUGUACUAGUGUCACUUGCGCAUUCAAUUAGGGCUCCAUAGGAAAAAUAAGGGGAGGACAAAUGCCUCCACCAAUUCCCUGAGGUCACCUCAAUGAUAUGCUAUUGGUCAUCGAAUCCAGAGUUUGUAACUCAUAACUCAGCAUAUCAAUUAUAGAAGUAACGGUUUUAAAGUCAAAUUACGAACAUCUUAAAUAACUCUUUUAAAACAUUUUAUUUUAAAUAACAAAACAUAUGUUUUAUUUUUAAUUAUUAAUAUUUGUACAGUAUAGGAUUGCAUAUACACUGAGAGAACAAUAUAUAGAGUAUUUAAUUUCGUGAUCAAAUUGAUCAGCAAUCAUUUGAUCCAAGCAUGAGAGUGUUCAUGUUGAGAAAUUCAACCAUUGCUGCAUGGUAGUUGGAGCUCAGAGCAGCCACAUGAGAAACCAUGCAUUCUAAAUAUUCUCCUUGAUGUCCCCAUCCCCGCCAUUGCUUUCCAACGUGCGCACGGACUUACAACAUGCUUUCUUUAAGCAAUGUCUUGUGUCUCUUUAUAUUGCCACAUAAUUGAAAAUAUAGUCACUCCAAAAGAAGUUGAAUGCGAAAUUAUUCAUAUUUAGGUAAUCUGAAGGAAAAUGAAACGGAAAAUAAUUUUGCUUGCAAACAACAUUCAUUUUAAAUUAAUACAUACAGUAAUGAGUAAUUUAGCUGAGUUGGUUGUUGACCAUAACUACAGUUUCAAAUAUGUAUUCCUCUCUCUACACCAAUUACUGAUUCAAUAAUUUUCACUUGGGACUAUGCACACAACUAGGAAUAACAAUAGUAACUAAAUAUACUGCUCAGUAUAUUUUAACUAUUUGCAGUGUUAAAAAUAAAGUGAUCCUGUGGAACCUGACACUAAAUUAUUUUGCGAAAUACACCUGCCUGAAAGAUUGCAAAAUGCAGUUGUUAAAACAGAAAUAUUUCAUAAUCCUAAACUUGUUUUCAUUCAUAGGCAUGUAUUUCCCAGGACUUGUUAACGUGCAUUAGUGUUCCACAGGGUCGUCUUUUUUAGGUGUGUAUUUUAUUUUCACACUAUAGCACAAAUGUUGCAUCAAUUACAAUUGAUUAAAGUGAAUCCCUUUUAAAUUAUUGACAAUAGGCUCAAGAGGAGCCAUCUAUUGGAUAAGCACGAGUCAAUGUUCAUUCAAUAAUCGAAGAAAACUAUUUCAGAAAACUAUUAAGUGCAAUAUAUACAAGUGUAUUUUUGUAAACAUUAAAAGCGUAUUUAAUUAUAGAAUGGUUAAUGGUAACAAAAAAUAUUAACUUCUGUAAUAACAUGCUGAAAAUAACUUACUUUUCAAUAACCAUCAUAUCAAGCUAUGAAAUAGCAAAUGUACUCAAAUUCUACUAAUAUUCUUUGUACGAUGGUAGGCAUUUUAUUUAUAGUUUUUAUUCUCUUUUUCUAACUUCUGAAAAUCUCAAUUAUGAAAAUGUUUGAUUUUCCUUAUUCAAGUUAACAACCAAAUUUCAUGUCAGUACUCUGUGCUUAAAAAUGUAAUCUAAAACAUCUGCUACUGCAUCAUUUGAACGGUUAUCCAGUAUUCCACCACGUUUUUGACUUUCAUUUUUUAAGAAUGGCAUAUCACACACAGUACAAUCGUGGAAUAUCUUCAAUCACUAUUCCAGGAAUGUCUGUCCAGAAGUUGUGGAUAGUUUCCAGAGGUCUCCAUGAUACACAUCCAUCUGAUCUGUAUAAAAUCAGACAAUUCACAGGGUAAAACGUGAAUUUAUUUCCGAUUAAUUAUUUAAUAGAUCUGUGCUUAAUUUACCAAAUGUACUGUACGAUCCCAGUGUGUAGUGCUCUGCUUUGAAAACCUUUCUGGUAAAGUUUUACGUAACUUAUAUACACACAAUACAUAUACAGUAAUAUGAAGCUGUGCAGAGCCUCCACCUGUUUGUUAAUUUGCGCAGUCCUCUAUAGAGUUCAGGAUUCUGAGAGUUUGUCUUGCAUUUCUGAUGUUUGUAGCAAUUCUUUGGUCCAUAAAAUGCAUAGCCCGUGAAUGCUUUGAACUGCUUGGAUUUUUAUCAGUGUCCUGUAAAUAUGUUACUUUAAUAAGCACUUUAAUGGACUCGUUAUUGUGAAUAAGUGUUAAAUGUUACCAGUGUUAGUGUUGCUGUGUCACAUUAUGCUUUAGGCCAGUUCCAUAAUCAAUGUUCUAAAAUGAUUGCCACAUUCAUUUUUGCCUCAGUGUUGUGUUUUCCCAGUUGAUUAAAAACUGUGCCAAACAUCA